AUGACGGCUCACGGAGUCAAGUUAGACACCCUUAAGGACUGUCUGCAGUUCUUGAUGUGGCUGCAUCAAAGUGAUGAUAAGCAAGGGGAGGUGGCCAGAGAACUGCAUGAUCGUCUUAGUGGCAGAUAUCUUAAUCCUAAUCAACAGCACAUUAAAUCCGCACUGUCCGAAUUCCUCAUCGCUGUGUCCAAGUUUCAUAAUAAAUUAUGCAACAAGGCAAAUCAGAAACAUAUAAGCAGUAACCCUAAUGACGCACUAAAUGCUAUUUUAGAAUGCAUUCCCAAGUUCUUAGCCGUGAUGUACUUUUUGAGGUACCAGGUGGAUGAAGGUUUCAAAGCACUGGGCGGCGGGGGGUGGGCGGACAAACCAGUUGGAAGUGCAAUUUUUGGCGGUGAACUGCAGGCAUAUUUCACUGCACCAUCCAGCUCUAAAACGUAUGGUGUUGUUCCUGGAGGAUUCGGUAGACUAGAGUUGAAGUCUUAUUACCGGAGGGGUUCUUUUAUGACCGGUUACCUUGCAACUAUUUGUGAAAAGCAUGCCGAUAGGAAUAUACAAAAUUAUUUCCUCGACGUUUUUGCCACCUCAGUGUUGCGCGAAAAUUCCGGCACCCAGGACUCAAAUACAGCCAACGCCCUGGCGUUGGUGAGAACGUUUUGCGAGAUUGUAGAAAAGGAGACACAGGCCGGCGGCGGUGAGCUAAAACAGAAAUUGGAUGAUAGUUUAAAUGGUGAUACUGUUAAAAAAAUGGAGGUGAAAAACCUUAAGAAAGAAGAAUUUGCAAAGUACACGGCACAGUGGUUGAGAGAGAAUUUGGCGACGGUGAAGACUAAUUUGGGGAAUAUUGAUACUACGAACAAGGCCCUCGGAAAGAAAUCAGCCGCUGAGCUUACAGACUAUUUUACCAACAAUCUCUUCCCAUAUGGUUUCACAUUUGACAAAUAUAACUUCGCAAGACAUAAAAACCCGUAUGAUGUUUUGCAAGAGAGUUGGGCUAAUGUAAUUAAUGAGUUUAAUAAAGCAAAUAACGGCUUGGCCAAACUUAAAGAAAUCUUGGAAGGUCAGAAGUGUCCAGGAGAUGAGGGCAAGAAAUUGGAGGGAGCACAGAACCAGGGACCCCAAAACGGGCCUGCGGAUCCCGCAAGUCAGAAUAAUGGUCGAAGUGAAGCAAAGCAUCCACCUUCACCAGUUGCAAAGUCUGGUGAUCCAGGAGUUCAAGGCUCGCAAGGGUUUCCUGGUGGCACAGUGACUCCGGGGCCUUCUCAAUCCCCGGACGCAUCAAGUAAGCAAGUUGUUCAUCCUCAACAACCUGCUAUGCUCCCGCCUGCGACUCCCCCUCCCCCGCCUGCUGCCCCUCUUCCUGGAAGCACUGGCCCCGCUGGUCAGCCAGGUGACCGGGGUCAGGGUUCACAUGGCGAUGUUACUCCAAGCAUAAAGCCUGGCGUCCCUCAAUACAAGGGACCUCCCCAGAUUUUGAGUGCUUCAGGUCAAGGCCCUGGGCCAACUGGUGGUCAGGGGGCUGGGUCAACUGGUAGUGGAGGGGCUGUGCAAGAUGUAAGCGGCGUCGCUACUGCGCCGGGUGCCACGGGGCCUGGUGGAGGUGGAGGGGGUAGGGUAACAGGCGGUGAACCGAUAGAUAUUGAGGAAAUCGUGAUGAUUAAUGUUGCCAAACCACCGGUAGUUGAUGUUGACGAAUCAGUAGCCUCCGAAUUUUACAAGCGAGAUAUGUUCGAUGCCGAUGGGGGCGCACUACUGUACAAUUACGACGGCGCACCCGUAAGCGGUCAUGAAUAUAGGGAUGAAUCUCGGCUGGACGGCACAAAAGUGCAGAAUAAUUACGAGCUAUUAAUGCAUCAGCAAGAAGCAAAGGAGGCAUUGGAAGCGCAACAAAAUCUAUACGAGCAACAGCUUCGUAAAGUUUCGCUCGCCGGAAUACCUACGAUUGACUCCAAAGGCAUACUGAAUUCUAUGCCUCCACAAACUCUCGCCAAUAAUGAACUCUUAAUAGGUCAUCCUAUAACGGCUCCAGGACGUCAAAUCACAACCCCGCCCUUACACAAGUUCUUAGCGAUAGAUGGUCAAUAUAUUGUAGACCCCAGUGCAAAGCAUCCACGCUUACCUGCUCUCCCAAUCCUUAAGCUCCUUCCCUCUCCAAAGCCUGCAGAACCGUAUCCCCCUGCACUCACACAGCGUGAACAUGCGUUAAUUAUGCAAGGCAUCUCCGUUAGUGGGAGUAAAAACCUUUCAAGGAUUCCAAGCAUCCGGGUAUCAUCGGACCUUCGCGACUUAAAUCCAUCCGUAUUGGAGCCCACGGGCGAAUCUGUUUUGCAUCGUGGUCAAAUGUCAAAUACACCAACCUCCAGGAGUGCUGCUCCUUCGCCUCCGACAAAGAUAUAUCCACCGGCGAUUGGGCAAUUAGACGACCAAUUUUCCUCAAGCAUACCAGACGUCGAAGGCGCUCCGAUUAAAAAUAAACCAUAUCAAAUUCCAACGGCGUAUAUUCCACAGGAUAGUACGUUCGAGACGUUUGUGCCGCCGGAACCCACGGGAGUUCCCAUUCUCUAUACCAAGACAAAGCCUUCACGGAAAUCCCUAACGCCGGUAGAAAUCGACGAUCAUCCAGGUAUUAUGAUUGAUGAGCCUAUAUGUCCGUUGCAUUCUCGCGUAUCAGUCACCGAAAAGGUGCCGCCCACGGAUUCCUCCAUACCUCCGCCACGAACCGUGCGUGAGAUGCUGUGCUGGAUCAGUGAUUUGACGUAUGCACUAGGUUAUGCCGCUCUGACGCAACAGAUUGCGAGCUUCUUUGACAACUCGGAGAUCAUUGCCUUCCCCGAACCUUUCUCAGCUGGGGAUGUUACCGAGGCUUUAUCCCAAACCUGUGGCCACGCCAGCUCUGUGCUCGCUGCCGUGGAGGGGCCUAAGCCCGCUGCCCCUAACAAAUCCCACUACCAGCGCUACGGCGUCCCCCUGAUGCACUACUCCGACGACCCCUGCACGCUGCUGUGCCAGUUGCUCAACUACGUCUAUGCUGCGUUACAUCAGUUAUUGUUCCUGCGCACCAUGUGCGUGCGGGACACGCAUUCUGGUGGAUGGCGCGACUGCCAGUUUGGUAUAGCUGUGAAAGCGUCCGAAGCCUGGCAAUGCCGCAAAGAUCCAGUAGACCCUAUGCAAGGACAGGACCACGGCUGCGACGCCUCCCCCCUGCAAGGCUUUCUCACCGACCAGUCCGUGCUCCCCACCUACUGGUAUCACAGGGGCGACAUCUGCCGUCGGAGCCGUGUAAGAAUGGGCUUUCGUCCGGACCAUUUACGUCGAGAGUCCAAGCAUGGGUUCUACAUUUAUCAGAUUCUGAAAGGCCUGUGUUACAAUGCCGACCCACUGGAGAAGCUUUGCACAUACCUCAACUGCAUCACCAGGCGGACGCCGCGCACCACCGGGGAGCUUGUUUCCUUCUUCUACAAUUUCGGGAAUGAGCUUCAUGAUGCGCCUUCAAGAUUGUCUCCACUGGGAUCCGCCCUCUCCACUGCACAUGACGACUGCCCCGGUUGGGACCGUCUUGGGGAGGAAGAUCUCCGAGCCAUCAAGGACGCACGGGGCUCCGACGCUUCCACCGUUAACCACGACAAGGACCAAGGCCAUCCCAAGACCCUGUCCACGUUGCUUGGCUGCGGCAUCGAUAAUGCCAAGUGCCCACAACUGAUGAUGCCCAUCACCUACCGGGCCUACGCCCUGUACUCACCAAGCUUCGCCCACACCUACCUCAGCUGGGCGGCCUACCUAGCAGACAGACUGUGGGAGUCAUUGCUCAAGCUGCACUAUGAUCUCGAGAACCUUCAAUGUCACGACUCCAAGCCCCUCCACCAGUGUGACAAGGCCCUGCCCCUCCUCUACAAGCACGGCAUCACGCCGCCGGACGGGACACUGCAGUCGUCGCUCUCCUGUUCCAAGCUCGUCGCCAAGCUGGAAGAAGUGGUCGCCGGACAGCCUAUCGCAGACCUCAUGACCGCCAUGGACAAUUUCCUCUACGGCAUCCGUGCGCCCUUCCUCUACACCAUCACAGCACUCUGGUCUAUCGCCACGCUCUACAUCGCCCACUCAUUCCUCUACCGCAUGGACGUCCUGCGCAUUCGCUCCCACCUACUCACCACCAGGGCCUCCCACCUCAUCGACGUCAAGGCUUUGCUCUCCACCAGCAGGAGAAUGCUCUCACUCUACAAGGACGUCGACUACUUUGACGAUGACUUUCACUCAUGA